UUCAACUGUUUUUGUGCUCGCGAUCCUUGAAGAUAUGCUGGUUGAUCAGCAGUCAGGACAACAAGAUAACAGAAGAGCAGAGAUCAUUAUUUUAAACAACGGGCACUGUAGCGAGAGCGACGGAUAUCAUAACUACGUCUGGAUUUCUCCUCUGCAUUAUCACGACAGGGAAACAAACCUUUGAUUAAAUCAGUGUUUUGAUGAGAGAAAAGGAACCUGCUUGGGAUUUGGAACUCCUCUGGAAUAACGUCCAGCUAUCCUCGCUAACAUGCCACUCUGCGUCUGAAAUAGCAACAGAACGGGACCCCUGGACAUACCUGGCAGCAUAUACACACACCGAAGGAGUCCAGUGCGUAUAGACAACCACGUAUCCUAAUGUUGCCAAAGCUAUGCGGUGGUUUCGUUUUGCAGAGCUACCCGGUUAGCUAGCUAGCUAGCUAGCUAGCUCGUCGGCUCGUUGGUGCUGCUGCAAGCCGGGGACGCGGCGCUUAAGGUCGGCGUGCGCUCUAACGCCAUGCCGGUGGUCGAAAGGGGCCUAUUGGUAGUGGCAGUUUCCCUCAGCUAACGUCGGCUGGAUGUAGCGGGCCACCGAAAAUUCUACGUGUUAGAUUAGUCGCAGGGGUAUUUGUGUUUAAAUUUGAAAAUAGCCGUGCGAUACAGCUGAAACAAAAUAUAUGGAGAGGAUUAGUUAGAUCGGAGCAUCUGCUACAAGCUGCACAUGUAAACAAGCCUGGCAAGUGUGUGGGAGAGAGUCUGUGGUUGAAGGUUAGCACUAAAUAUUCAAGUUAAUCCUUUGUUGCUAUCUGCAACACUAGUUCUAGGUGUUAAAGUUAAGCUCCAAGUGAUUUUGUUAAGUUCAGUAAUGGGCUUAAAAGUCGUGGAUGUUGUUGAUCUGCAGCGCUGUCAGACAUAUCAGCCAUUCAUUCAUGAUUGAUGACCCUUGAGGAAGCAGACUGUCUUUCAUCCAUUUCCACUACAGCGAAACCACAACGUUAAGCCACUUACACUUUCUGGAUAAUACAGGUUUUGUCAUUAUCAGGUAAAUACGGAGAGCUUUUUUUGGGUGGGUGAGUUUGUUUCAACAGCACUUUAUUUUUAAAGUCCCCACUGACCUCGCUGGAACUCCCUACAGUGUAUGGGAACAUGAGGGAUUGUCUGUUUGAUCUGAACCAGCAUCCAAGUAGCUUCAAGGACUGAUCAAAGCCCAACAGAGAGCCCCAUUGUGUGGACUACGAAUUGAACGGGGAAAGAGAUGGUGAUGAUAAGAGAGGCCCAGUGACUGUGUUUGAUCCCACACCAGCAAGCAGAGGAGAGCAGACAUGAGCCUCCGCCAGCCCACAUCCACCCUGGACAGGCUCAGCAGUCUGACAGCUGGCGAUUCGGAGCGCAGAGCCCCUGCCAGCCAACAGAGAGAGGUGACGAUAGAUGAGAGUUCAAGUCCUGGUCUGGUCCACAGGUGUGUGGUGGUGCAGAAGGACCAGCUCGGUUUCGGCUUCACUGUCUGCGGAGAGAGAGUCAAGCUAGUGCAGAAUGUCCGGCCAGGUGGCGCUGCAGUCAAAGCUGGGGUACAUGAGGGGGACCGGAUCAUUAAGGUGAACGGUUCACCGGUCUCCACCAUGACUCACCAGGAAGUGGUAAAGCUCAUAAAAUCCGGACCGUACGUCGCCCUGACACUACAAGGACCGCCCCCGUCCGCCACCUCCGUGCCCUUGGAGCCCCUCCCUUCAGACCCUACGCCCAAUCAGAGGUCUUCCCUGGCCGGGGAGGGCCUACCCCCUCCGCCUCUGCCCUUACCCUCCGGACUGGGCAGCACCCCAUCCCAAAGAAUUACUUUACCCAAACCGCUACAGGAUCCAGAAGUGCAAAAGCAUGCAAGUCAGAUACUCAGGAAAAUGUUGGAGCAGGAAGAGGCUGAACUCCAGGACUUGAUGGAGGAAUGGUUGAAGAACCCGUCGCCGUCGCUGGAGGAGCGCAUCGAGAGCGCCAAGAGGAGAGCUCACCAAGUCAGAGUCAAGAUUCAGAAUCAGGAGGGAACAGGAUCAGAAUCCGUCACAAACUACAUCCAAGCAGGAGAAGGAAGUUGUUACAGAUCUUCCUGUUCUUUCACAGGACGGCUGUCGAUGGACUCCAGUGAAGGAGACUUGGAGGCCUUUGAGAGUCCCAGCUCCUCCCCCUCAUUAUCCUUCAGGACCCCCUAUCACCGACGCCAGAACUCGGACACACACACCCUGUCUGACACGGGUGUCAAAGCCCAGAUCAUCAGCCCUGAGGAUGAAGAUGAAGAAGGUGAUGGCUAUGCCUUUAAUGAGAUGGACGGUCCCUUCCAGGACAUCGAGUUGUUGAAGUCACGGCCAGCACACAUGACAGUGUUCAUGAGAUACGUCUUCACCCAGCUGCUGGACCCAAACCCUCUGCUGUUCUACCUGUCUGUAGAGGCGUAUUUAGGCUCCGCCCCUAAAGACGCCCGCGCACUCGCGCCUCAGAUCUGCUCCCACUUCCUGGAUCCAGACGCUCCUUUGAAAAUCAAAGUACGCGAGGAAUUUCUAACAGAAAUAGAGAACCGCCUUCACGCCCAGGAGGACAUCCGAGGGCCUCUGUCCGAGCUGCAGCAGCAGGUUCUGCCGGACAUCCAGGAUCAGAUUCAAGACUACAGGAACAAGCAGAUGAUUGGUCUGGGCUCUCUGUUUGGGGAGGGAGACCUGCUUCAGCUGGACGGAGACCCCCUGAAGGAGAAGCAGGUGGUGGACAGACAGGUCGCCGCUCUCUGGGAGAUUCUAUCAAAGGAUGAAGAGGACAGAAGCUCCCCUCUGGCCUCAGCUGUCCUCCUCUACCUGCGACACUCCGGCAUCAAGCUCAGAGACUCCAAGGUCUUCCUCGGCCUGAGCACGGAGAAGGACAAGUGGCUGGCUUUUUUAAAACCCAAAAAGCCGAGCAGCGUGAAGAAAGAGAAAGAUGGAGAGGAUAAGAAGAGAAACCCCAUCCUGAAGUACAUCGGCAAACCCCGGAGCACAUCUCAGUCCACAUUCCACGUCCCGUUGUCACCCACAGAAGUGCGUCCCGGCAGCGUGAAGAACAUCAUUCAGCAGUUCGAGAACCACACAGAGCUUCCAGGAGAGGAGGACGGGGAUGGUGUGGACCCCCAGAGGCUGUCCUCCAGCAGCUUGGGAGAAGAAGGCAUGGACAGUCACAUGGUCUCGGUGCGUCUGGGGCGCAGCGGGUCGUUGAAGGCUCAGGGCGAGGACCGCCGGCGGGGCACCAUCUCCAGCGGGGACUCGGUGCCUCGCUCUCGCAGCGACGUGGACAUGGAGGACUGCGAGGAGAGGGAGCAACCGGGCCUCCGGCUGCUCCAGCACAGCGCCUCGUCGUCCGCAUCCAGCAGCUCCGCUCGGUCUCUUGAGAACCCUACACCCCCAUACACCCCUCGGUCCAGACGCAGGAGUGUGGACUCGCAGCUGGCCCUGCUACCAGACACCGCGGUGCUGGAGGACGAGGUGUCUGACGGUCAGAACUGGAGGGACACGGUUCCCCCUGAGCUCCUGGCGACCCUCAGCCCCAGGGAAGUGGAGCGGCAAGCCGUUAUUUACGAGCUGUUCACCACUGAGGUGUCCCACCUUCGGACCUUACGGGUUCUUGACAAGGUUUUUUACCGGAAGAUGAGAUCUGUGCUGAACUCGGAGGAGCUGGCCUGCAUCUUCCCAAACCUGCCUCAGGUCUACGAGCUCCAUGCGAGUCUUUGUGAGGAGAUGAAGAAGCGAAGAGAGAGCCCCAUCGUUCAGAACAUCGGUGACGUCAUGCUGGCCAAGGUUGAAGGCGCAGCUGGAAACGAGUUUCAGGAGCAGGCGUCGCAGCUGUGCUGCCAGCAGACUCAGGCACUGGAGCUCAUCAAGAACAAAAAACGGAAAGAUCAACGUUUCGCCCAAAUCAUCCAGGAGUGUGAGGCGAGUCCUCAGUGUCGGAGGCUGCAGCUCAAAGACCUGCUGGUGUCCGAGAUGCUGAGACUCACCAAGUAUCCUCUGCUGCUCGACAAGAUCAUCAAAUACACGGAGGGCGGCUCAUCGGACCUCCCGUCGCUGCAGCGUGCCCAGGCCUGUUGCCGAGGCAUCCUGAAGGCGGUCAAUGAAGACGUGAGGGAGACGGAGCACCGGCAGCGGCUCAGUCAGUACCAGCGCCGGUUGGACUCCGCGCCUCAGUUCAAGAGUCUGGACCUCACCAUGAAGAGAAUGAUUCACGAAGGUCCUCUCGUCUGGAAGAUCGGCAAAGACAAGCAGAUAGAGAUCCAAGCGCUGCUGCUGUCGGACUGCCUGGUCUUCCUCCAGAAAGGCCCAGACGACCGGCUGCUGCUGCGCUACCCGUCCCGCUGGAUGGGAGGAGGAGGAGGGGUCAUCGCGGACACCAAGACCUCCUUCAGUCCCGUGGUGAAGCUGGACUCGCUGCUCGUCCGCUCCGUAGCUACAGACAAAAAAGCUCUGUACAUCAUCAGCACCAAAGAGACGCAGAUUUACGAGCUGGCGGCGGGGUCGCCAUCUGAGAAAGACACCUGGAAGGAUUUACUUGAAAAGACCAUUAAAACUUCAUCUCCACAGAGCAAUCACGGAUCACUUCCUGUAUCUUCUACCAGCCUACGAAGCAGGUCACCAGCCUUAACUGAAGUCCACCCGGCGGAGGAGGAGUCGGAGUUUAUUGGGAGCCACACCUCCGCUGACGGCGGCAUGCUGGGUGACCAUCUCACCGACCAACCUGAAGCCAACAGCUGUGAUGAGGACAGGGCAGUCGGCGUGGCCGAAGCGGCUCUGCACGACGUGGAAACGCUGCGGAGGCUCAUACUGCCGGAUGUGGACGAGGACCGGAGGAGCCACGAUGUGGACGAGGACCGGAGGAGCCACGAUACGGAUGACACCCCCACCAACACCAUGAGCAACGGGAACCCCGACGGACGACGGCAGGACUCCCUGGAGACCGUCCUGGACCUCUGCCUGAGCGAGCCGGAGCCCGGGCAGCCGGAGGCUCCGCCCCCAGAAAGCAGGCAGCCCAGCGCCAAGGUGGUGCGGAGAGCUGUGGUUGCGGGUGCUCCUCCUAAUCCUCCUCAUUCUUCUUCUGCCCCUGAUGGCACCGCCGGCGAUGUUAGCCUCCCCUCCGAUCUGUCGUCGCAGUCUAGAGGCGAGGCCGACACGCAGGGGAACGUCUUCUACCUGGUGAUGCCGUUAGACCAAGGAGAGAGCGCCACCGACGACCUCCCCGACCCUCCUACGCCCACCGCAAGCCACUUCCCUCAACCUCCACAGGAAGUGACGUUAUCACAGACUCAACUGGAGGAGGUGGAGGAGGAAGAAGAAGAAGUAGUAGCGGCCUGCUGCCCGGAGUUCAUCCAAUCAGAGACAGAAACUAUGCAAAUGGAAGUAGAGUUAGAGGAAGACGACAAUGACAAUGAUGGUGAAGAGGAUGAUGAAACGGGCCCGCCUCCAGCUGCACAACAGAGUCACGUGAUCAGAAACGCGGAUGAGAUUUUCCUCACCAUCGAGGGCUUGAUGAGCAAGUUGCACAAGCUGAAGGAAAUCGAGAAGGCCCAUCACAAGCUGCUAGAAUCUCUCAGAGAUCCCUCCCUCAGUCUGGAGUCAGAGGACCAGGCAUGUCUCUCAGCAACCGUCUCCAGGACGCCGUCCAUGGACCGCAGCUCAGGAGACGGUAAGGAGGGGAACCCGGGAGAUCCCAGAAUCUUCUCAACCGGAUUCUGAGUGGAUUCCCUCGCUGUCGGCUGAUCUCCACAUGCGUCUGUAGGUUGAACACUAAUAAGUCUGGCGGAUCUAACCGCACAUCUCAUUUUACGAUGGGAGACGGCGCGAUGGAGAUAGAUUAUUAUUUUUUAAGGAUGUAAGUCUGGAGAGAGAAAGAGAGGCAGGAAAAAAAACCAGGUAGCAGAAGAA